UUUAAUCAACGAUUUUUGAACAGGCUUUUUCAUAUUUGUUAAAAAAAAAAGAAACUUUUGAAAGAGAGAGAAAAAACGAGAAAAAAGUAGUAAAAUCAAUAAUAUGCCCAUAUGUCUACGUAUACGCUAUAUGUAAGAGUAGAGUGAUGUUCUGAAAAAUCGAUAAAAGGCCCCAUACUGCAUCAUUUUAAGGGCUAGACUCACUGCAGCAAGAAUUAUGUCACUAUCAGCAUUAUUGAAAUGUCCUAUAUGUUUGGACUCAUUCGAUAAACCUCUAACUCUACCGUGUUUACACUCCUUUUGUGAAAAUUGCCUUGGAAACGUUGUAACUCAUAAAUCAGUAUUUAAUUGUCCUUCUUGCAGGGAACCUAUCCAGACACCAAAAAACGGAUUGAACGGCUUUAAAAAAGACUUUCGAUUACAGUUUUUAUUGGAUUUUGGAAGUUUUUGCGCUAAUUGCUCUUCUAAACCUACUCUAGUUUGUCAAGACUGCACUGUUGAAUUGUGUUCAAAUUGCUCUACUCAGCAUUCAAAAAUACCUGCUUUUUCUAAUCACGUCGUUUAUAAAAGAGUUGAAUGCUUAAAGCAUAAAUUAGAUAAAAAAUUUUAUUGUAGCGACUGUUCUUCCCUACUUUGUACUUGUUGCGUAUUCAAUCAACAUUCGGAGCACAAAAUAUCUCCAAUCUCUUCUCUGAAUAUGUCUUUAGAAUCGAAGCUCAAAUCAUUUGUUGGUGUGAAAGAAGCAUUAAAUUUCUCAGCUAAAUUGGAGAGUCCCGAAGAGAGGUUGAAAAUUCUAAAGGACGCUCUACAAAAUUUAUAUCUACACGACGAAAUUGGUAACUUUAAUGCAGCGAACGUUGUUGAUAUAUGCGCGAACCAGCAAGACUUUUUCUGUGUUGCUUUUCCAGAUCGAUUAGAAAUUAGACGCUAUAUAAAGUUAGACGACAUCCAACAAGUAAUUAAACUGCCAGAAGUAAGGGCAAUUUGCUGUCUUGAUUCGAAUGAGAUUGCGGUUGCUCAUCGUCACUUUUUGUCAAUUUACAAUAUCUUUGGUCGCUACAAACGUCAUUUGGCCUGUGUGCUACCCGACGUCAAUUUAAAAUUGGAUACUGACGGUAAUUUGAUUGUUUUAAGCCGAUACGAAUGUUUUAAAAUAAACCUUAGCACGACUGAGCGUAUAAAAUAUGGUUCUUAUAGUAAAUUGGCCUGUGUGACGUCAUCUGGCCUGUUGGUAGUGGCCAAGCAUUAUCAGAUAAAUGUAUAUAAAGAUAAUGUAUUUGAACGGGUACUGAAUGUUAGAGCGGAUGGUUUAUGCUCGGACGAUCGAGGCAGACUUUUAAUAUCUGACAAGAGGAAUAACUCAAUUUCUUUAUAUACCAUUUUUGGAGAAAAGAUUACGACCAUUCUUAACCUCAACAGGCCCAAAAAGAUUGGACUUUCACCGGAUGGUUACCUAGUAACUGUUCAAAAAGGCAACAUAAGAAUCUUUAAAAUUAAGCUGAAAAUAAAAGACCCAAGCAGUAAAAGUGUCCCUUAGCUAGAGAAGAUGAGUAGUAGUUUUACGAAGCAGAAGAGGAUGAAACUAUGGAAUUUGAGAAGAGGAGAAAGUCUAGAGAAGAGUGGUGAAGAAGUAGCAAAAUCGGACGAUAGCAUUAAGAAGCUUGUUUCUCUCUGGUUGAAAGCAUUUCAUACUGUUUCAAUUUUUGUACUAUUGUGUCAUAUUCUCCAUUAUAUCUGCACAUUCGAUUCCAGAAGUUUGUACAAAUUGUUUGUAUUGUUAAGCUUACAUGACGUCAUUAUUUAUUUGUAUAAGAAUUUAUCAAGAAGUCUUACGUACUAUCCCCCAACCCUGUUAUUUUAUAUUUUCAACUUGACAAAGAAGGUGUUAAGGUUGUCCUAACUAUCUCUAUAUUUAUUUUCUAUAUAAACGUAUAAAAAAUAACUAAACUAUGUGGAAUAAAUUUGCUAUGGGCCUUAAAUAAAUGCAUCUGGACAGGAUUUUCAUUGGAAAUUACAGAUGUAGAAAGUGUUGGACAAAGAAUAGAAGAAUAAUUUCCGCUACCAUCAACUACUAUUACUCUUCUUUUUUGACAAGUCUGUCGUAUAAUUGAAAGGGGGAUAUUUAGUGGUAAAAUGACUGCAUCGCGACAUAAAUACUACGUAAUUCUGUAUUGGCAAGAAAUACUUAUUACUCUCAUUAACUACUAUUGAAGUUACACAAGUGCUUCGAAUACGUUACUUAUUAUAUAAUUUAUAGUUAAAUUUACUAAUUAAAGCUAUUUCUUCUGAUUAGCCCAUAUCAAUCAAUCUAAUGAACAGUAUAUACAGAUAUUAAUUUCUUUUUCAGUUCUCAUAUGAAACAUUAUUACUCUAAUCAAUAUUGAUUUUUAACAUAGGC